GUGAUCGGAGAGCUUUCCGGAGCUUUAGUCUCAACCGGAGAAGUAGGUAUGCUGUAGCAGCUCCUACGCUGUCUUCUGCGUCAUGUUUCUCCCUCGGGGCCCCGGGGCGCUCUGUUCAUACAGACGCGCUGGAAUUGGUCAAACUUUCGCGUAUCGAUUCUUUGCGACAAGGUCCUAUGAGCCCCUCAGAAUACUCUUUUGCGGGUCCGAUGAGUUCAGCAUAGCUUCCUUGAAAGCUCUCCACAAGGAGCAAUUGGACCGACCAGAUCGGAUUUCCUCCAUUGACGUUGUCUGUAGGCCUGGUAAAAGGGUUGGAAGAGGCUUGAAAAAAAUACGGGAGGUUCCCAUCAAAGCCGCCGCGACGGACCUUUCGCUCCCGGUUCAUGAAAUAGAUACCUUCAAAGGGUGGACGCCACCUAUAUUACCUGGGGGACCCGUCAAUCUUAUAGUAGCUGUAUCCUUCGGUCUAUUUGUGCCUCCGCGAAUUCUUAAUGGCGCAAAGUACGGGGGUCUGAAUGUUCACCCUUCUUUACUUCCCGACUUCCGUGGUCCCGCUCCCCUUCAUCACACUCUUUUGGCUGGUAGAACCAGGACUGGUGUCACUUUGCAGACCUUAGAUCUUAAGAAUUUCGACCAUGGCAUCAUUUUACAGCAGACGCCGCCACCCGGAUUUGAGAUACAAAACCCCGAGUCAUGUACCGUGCCAGAUCUGCUGGACAUUGUUGCCCCCAAGGGAGCCGAGAUUCUUGUUGAUGGUAUUCAAAAGGGCCUGUUUGUUCCUCCGGUAGAGGAUGCUGGCUGGCGCUUGCCCGAAGAAUCUGAAUCGCUGAUACAUGCAGCCAAAAUUAAGCCUGAGGACCGCCAUAUCAAUUGGGCAAAUUGGACCUGGUUAGAUAUCAGCAGGCGGACACGUGUAUUAGGGCCUUUAUGGAGUAAGGCUUUGGUAGCCAAUGAUGCUUCGGCUGACCUUCCUUCACUUCAAUACCGCCGGGUGAUUUUCACUGAAAUAGAGGAAGUCAAACCGAUGAAAGGUAGCGAGGCGUAUGCUAUCGUUCCAGGCCUGCCCUUUGUGGAUGGAGCUCACCCCGUUGAGCCUCGGCAAGGAAAAGGCGUCUACGUAUUCACACAAGACGGUAAACUUCUCCGCAUCAACCAAAUGAAAGUUGAGGGUGAACAGAAUGCAGAUGCCCUUCGAGCCGCUCUCAAGGCGCGGAUGAUUGGUGAUCGAACAUUCUCCUCGAACGGUUCUGAUUAUACCCCAUUCUAUAACCCUUUGCAGUAAAGCCACAAGUGGGAACAAAAGUGCCAUU